CACCACCGUCCACCACAUUUUCUCUCGUUUCACGACGACCCAACCCUUGAACCACAUGGACCAUCGUUCAGCCUCAUCGACGCCGACAUCGACCCUGACCUGGAUCAGUUGGUUCUGCUCCCUGCCUGGUCACGAAUACUUUUGCGAAGUCUCGGAAGAUUUCAUUGAAGAUGACUUCAAUCUUACUGGGCUGAAUACGAUGGUUCCAUUCUGGAAGGAGGCCAUGGAGAUGGUGCUGGAUGUUGAACCAGAGGAUGAAGAUGCAUCUAAAAUCCCUGACGUCUCCAUCGUAGAAUCGUCCGCGGAAAUGCUUUAUGGCCUGGUCCACCAGAGGUAUAUUCUAACGCGUGCUGGCCUGCAGGCUAUGGCCGAAAAGUACGAAAAUGGGAUGUUUGGGUCUUGCCCGCGUGUUUACUGCGUUGGGUGCAACGUUGUCCCCUGUGGGCGCUCUGACAUGCCCGGAGUGGAUACCGUCAAGUUAUUCUGCCCCAAUUGCAACGACAUUUAUGUGCCACCCAGCAGCAGAUUCCAAGGGGUAGAUGGCGCAUUCUUCGGAACGACAUUUGCGCAUCUGUUCUUCCAAACGUACCGUGAACUAGCGCCGGCUCCGUUCUGGAAGGCUCCUAUGUCAGGAGGAUCGCCGCUAUCACCACGUAGCGCUGGAGGCACUGGGAGCUCGAGAAACGCACCCUUUGUGAAUCCCAAUCCAUAUGGCGGGCAGAAGCGUGCCAAUGGGUUUGUGUAUGUUCCUCGGAUAUAUGGGUUCAAGGUUAGCGAGCGGGCCAAAAGCGGACCUCGUAUGCAGUGGCUCCGAUUACGACCCGAGUCACCGGAGGAGUUGGAUAUGGUGGAUUGGCGUGGUAGAUGGAUCGAUGAAGACGACGAGUUUGAUGAUAGCGAGGACGAAGACGAGGAGGACGAUCGUCAGAUGGAGGAUUUUGACCCUGAUCACACGGGCGAGCAAGAUGAAGACGAUGAAGAGGAGGAGGAGGAAGAGGAGGAACGUGGUUCGAUUCCCAUUCACCCGCAGCAGCACGGGCGACGACAUGCGGGACUCCCUGCUUCACCGGCGCUUUCAGCUGCUAGCUCUCCCGUAUCUUCUGUGAUGCCGCCGACACCCAAGGAUAGAGAAUCCCCCUCCGGUGUCCUCGCACAACUCCAGUACAACCGCGGGUUCCUUCCAGACCGAGGGCUUGGAAGUAAAGUCAAGAGCGUCCGACAGUGGACUUCGACAACUGCUUCCUGGGCUACUGCGCAAGCUUAG